UACGGGCCGCGAUCAUCUUUUUAUUUCUCUCUCCCUCUCUCAAGAGUAUUGGGUUAGUUAAUACAUAACCCAUCACCCUUUCCUCAUAUCCUCUCUAUAUCUGUGGCACAUUUUGGCUCGGCUUUAUUUUUAUUGGGUUUGAUUUGGGUACUAGCGCUCCUGUGCUCGCUGGCGGGGUUUUCCGGCGAAGGUGGGAGCUGAACUACGGGAGAAUUUAGGAGGUUUUUUUGGGUUUAAGGAUUUGUUCGUCUGAAUGUUAGAUAGAGUGAGGAGAGGAAGGUGAUUUGUUGAUUUGUUUUGUUUUUUUUGUCUGGUUUUGUUUUUGUUUUGUUUUGCAUUUUUUUAAUACUGUGAUCGGUGCGGUAUAGGGUUUGGAUAGAGGUGAGAAAUUGGAUGGGUGUAAUGUGAGAGGGAGAUUUGGGGUUUUUUUUUCUUUGUUUGAUGCUAUUUUUGGGGUGAGAUUCAGUGAAUUCGAUCGCGUUGUUUUGUGCUGUUUGUGGAAGUUUUGGGAUCUCGUUCUAUUUUUGGAACUUCUGGAUCUUAGGAGAUUCCGCGUGGGUGAAGAAGGAAACAAUAAUCAUAGCCAGGACUGUGAGUUUCAAGUGUCUUUUGUUCCAUUAUUUGGAUUCUACAUUGAUCGAAAAGCGGAAGUAGGUGAAGCAAUAUUCGUUUUUGUAGCACCGGGCGAGUCUGGAAUGAGCUGUGAGUAAAUGUGCAGGGUAGAGAGAAGUGAGAGAAAGAGUGAGUACAGAGACAGAGAUAGAGAGAUGGGUUUAUUGAAAGGAGGAGAGAAUAGAUUGGAGAAGCUGAAGGGUUCGCGAAUGAAGAUGUGGAUGAUACGGGCAACCACGUCGGUGUUACUCUGGACUUGUAUCGUUCAGUUAACGGCGAUCGGAGAGAUGUGGGGACCUCGUGUCUUGACGGGCUGGCCUUCUUGUUUCUCCCACGAGUCAGGAGUCGUCAUGGAUGCUUUGCAGGAUAAUGUUCCCGCGGUUUCAGCUCGGGUUCUUCCUCCCAAAAGAAUUUAUAGAAACAACGGUUACUUGAUGGUCUCAUGCAAUGGAGGUCUCAAUCAAAUGAGGGCAGCGAUUUGUGAUAUGGUUGCUAUUGCAAGAUACCUAAAUGUUACACUUAUUGUCCCUGAGCUGGAUAAAACAUCCUUCUGGGCUGAUCCUAGUAAUUUUGAGGACAUAUUUGAUGUUGAUCAUUUCAUUACAUCAUUGAGAGAUGAGGUCCGGAUACUGAAACAGUUGCCGCCUAGGCUUAAGAAGAGAGUGGAAGCAGGAAUGUUUUAUACGAUGCCACCAAUCAGUUGGUCUGAUAUAUCUUACUAUCGUAAUCAGAUCCUUCCUUUGAUACGAAAGUACAAAGUUCUACACCUCAACAGAACUGAUACUAGACUUGCCAAUAAUGGGCAACCAUUAGAAAUUCAGAAGCUGCGCUGCCGUGUAAAUUUUAGUGCUCUGAGAUUUACACCUCAAAUAGAGGAGUUGGGUAGAACAGUUAUCAAGCUUCUAAGGGAAAAUGGGCGUUUCCUUGUUCUCCAUCUUAGAUAUGAAAUGGACAUGUUGGCAUUUUCUGGCUGCACUCAAGGUUGUAAUGAUGAAGAGGUGGAGGAAUUGACAAGAAUGAGAUAUGCUUAUCCAUGGUGGAAAGAGAAAAUAAUAAAUUCAGAUUUGAAGAGGAAAGAUGGAUUGUGUCCUUUGACACCUGAGGAAACUGCCCUCACAUUGAGGGCGCUCGAUAUUGAUCCUGACAUCCAAAUUUAUAUUGCUGCUGGUGAAAUAUAUGGUGGAGAAAAGAGAAUGGCAGGCCUAGCAGCAUCUUAUCCAAAAUUGGUCAGGAAGAGACACUCUUUAGAACCAUCAGAUCUUAAUUUUUUCAGAAUCACUCUUCCCAGAUGGGCAGCUUUAGAUUACCUUGUUUCACUUGGAGAGUGAUAUUUU